AUGCCUAUAGCUUGCUCUAGCUGCGGUCCGGGAUACUUAACACCAAUCGAUGCUAUGAAAGGUCCUAAAGAGAAAUUACUAUAUAUACCUUGCAUUUAUAAUAAUACUGAUGUUAAGAAGCCAGAUUAUCUAGCAACUGUUGACGUUGACUUGGAAUCAGAGACCUAUGGUCAAGUCAUUCACCGGUUGCCUAUGCUUCACAUUGGAGACGAAAUCCAUCAUUCAGGCUGGAAUACUUGUAGCAGCUGCUUUGGAGAUUCGACUAAAGAACGUAAUAAACUGAUAUUACCCAGUCUGAAAUCCAGUAGAGUAUAUGUUAUUGAUGUUAAAACAGACCCUAAAGCUCCAAGAAUCUUCAAAGUGGUUGAGCCGGAAGAAAUUUCCUCAAAGACUGAUCUAAGCUUUCCUCAUACCAGCCAUUGCCUAGCCGAUGGAAAUAUAAUGAUUAGCUGCUUAGGAGACUCAAAUGGGGAAAAAAAGGGCGGAUUUGUACUCAUAAAUGGCAAGACAUUUGAGGUUACAGGCAAUUGGGAAAAGGAAGGCAAUAAUGCCGAAUUUGGAUAUGAUUAUUGGUAUCAACCUCGCCAUAACGUCAUGAUAAGCACUGAAUGGGGAGAACCAAAUGCACUAAGUGCUGGAUUUAGUAUGGAAGAUGUACAGAAUGGUAAAUAUGGUAGCAGUCUCAACGUUUACAAUUGGGAAGAUCAUACCCUACAGCAGGUAAUCCGCCUUGGGAACGAAGGAAUAACACCACUAGAAAUUCGUUUCUUACAUGAUCCCAAUGAAACUCAAGGAUACGUGGGAUGUGCUCUGAGUAGCGCUAUAUUUAGAUUUUAUAAAACGGAGAAAGGAGAUUGGGCCGCUCAUAAAGCAAUUCAGGUACUUCCAAAAAAAGUAGAAGGAUGGGUCCUACCCGAAAUGCCAGGUCUUAUAACCGAUAUUAUUCUGUCUUUGGACGAUCGAUAUUUGUAUUUUUCGAACUGGUUACAUGGUGAUAUAAGACAGUACGACAUAACUGAUAGGGCUAACCCAAGACUCGUCGGACAGAUCUUCCUUGGUGGAAGUAUUGUAAAGACAGGGCCGGUCAAGGUAAUCCAAGACUCCGAGCUUGAAGAGCAACCUGAUCCACUUAUCCUUAAUAACCGAAACAUUGAUGGAGCCCCUCAAAUGUUACAACUAAGUUUAGAUGGCAAACGUCUGUUCGUUACCACAUCACUAUUUAGUCCUUGGGAUAAACAGUUUUAUCCAAAUUUAUUAAAAACUGGAUCGGUUUUGCUACAAAUCGACGUUAAUACUGAAAAAGGUGGAUUAACACUUUCGAACCUUUGUGUGGAUUUUGGUAAAGAGCCAGAUGGUCCUGCGCUAGCUCAUGAGGUUCGAUAUCCAGGCGGAGAUUGUACGUCGGAUAUAUGGAUUUAA